AAGGCCUCGAGCCCAGCAGAUUAGGCAGAGGUCGAGAAGGCUCAGGUUCGCUAUGGCCACAGCUCAGUCCAUGCUCGUGUCCAGCAUUAAUGGAGGCAGAGAGACGACGGCGCUUCUUCAGUCUCAAAUUCGCCGGCUCCGACCGACACCGUUCUCCCACUUCCUCCUCCCUCCUCGGCCGUCGCCUUCUACUUCUUCCACUUCUUACAGGCCAGUUCUGGCCGUAUUCAAGUCUAAGGCCAAAGCUCCGCCCAAGAAGGUGGAGAAGGUCAAGGGAAAGGUGGAAGAUGGCAUUUUUGGCACUUCAGGGGGAAUUGGAUUCACCAAGCAGAAUGAGCUAUUCGUUGGCCGGGUUGCUAUGCUUGGAUUUGCAGCAUCAAUACUAGGAGAAGCAAUCACAGGGAAAGGAAUCCUGGCACAACUUAACCUGGAAACAGGAAUACCAAUCUACGAAGCCGAGCCUCUCCUCCUCUUCUUCAUCCUCUUCACCCUUCUUGGAGCCAUCGGAGCUCUCGGGGAUCGUGGCAAGUUCGUCGACGACGAACCCAUAGGCUUGGAAAAGGCUGUCAUCCCCCCUGGCAAGGGAGUCCGAUCAGCUCUAGGACUCAAAGAAGGAGGCCCCCUCUUUGGGUUCACGAAGGCAAAUGAGCUCUUUGUUGGGAGAUUAGCUCAGCUUGGUUUUGCAAUCUCGAUAAUUGGGGAGAUCAUCACAGGGAAGGGAGCUCUCGCUCAACUGAACAUCGAGACUGGUGUGCCGAUCAAUGAGAUUGAGCCACUGGUUUUGUUCAACGUGCUCUUCUUCUUCAUUGCCGCAAUCAAUCCAGGAACCGGCAAAUUUGUCGUCACUGAUGAAGAAGAGUAAAUGAGAGCGGGAAGCUCUGUGUUUGUUUUCUUGUCUUAGUACUAGUUCUUGUUGUAUCAGUAUUUUGUUUGGGUAGCCAAGUGAUAUACGUUUGUAUUCUAAUGAAAGGUGGAUAGUCCUCUUUUGCAACCUGAAAAUUUGGUAUAAAUUCAUCUGAAAUGCUAUGUUCGAUUC